AUGAUGCAUUUGAUGCUCGAGACAGUCUCUCCAGUUUCCAGUUUUGAGGAUCAUCUGAAAAUAGACAUCGAUGACCUCUCCGAGUCAAGCUAUGAAGCUGGUGUCUUCUUGGCAUUACAAUCUUCAGGAAUAGAUCCACAGGAUGACAAUGUUUCAAAGCCAGCUAAAGGUUGCCUGCAGAUGGCUCGGCACAUGGGACGUGCACCGAACCUGAACAAUGCUUAUCUAGCUAUCAAACUAUCUGAGAUAACGCCCUGCAGGGCACAACUUGAGUGGUACAAGGCACGCUGCGAUGAGUCUGUGGAUCAAUGUGGGUAUUAUGACACAUUCGAGAAAUUUGCAGCAUCCAGGAGGGAGUCCACAAUCAACAUGAACCUGUUCAGACUCGGCACAUUCUGGGAUAGGGUCAUAGGCAUGGCAGCACGGAAUGAACUCUCGCACGAUUUCCACUGCAUGCCCAAGUGGGUCAAUGCGUCCCAUUCCUACAUGCUCCUCGCCGAGCCAUUGGAAAUCGCACGCUAUUACCGUCAUGGCAUGCACGCAAAGAAGGGACAUUACAUCAAACAUGGGAGGAAUAGGAGGUUCCAGAUUUUGGAAAGAUGGUGGAAUCGGAAGGUGGCUGUUGCGGCGCAAGAACCACAACAAAAUAACAACAAAAGGAAUAGGAGCAGGUAUGCAAGCUUUACUCAAGAUUAUUUGUUUUGGGCGAGGGUGGAGGAAGCUAAAGACUGGCUCAAGAACACAGAAGAGGAAGAGGACCUGAAUAAGUUGGGAUCAUUUUUGGAGAACAUGAAUCGUUUCGAGACGUACGCAAAGGAGCUGAUUAAGAACAAGGAGGUGUCCAUAGAUGUUCUGGCUAAGAACUCAAGUUACACAUUAUGGGCUGAGAAAUGGAAAGAUUUGAAGGCGAAGCUCUUGCGGCCACCUUCUACUCCUCUUUUGAACGGAAUGGGUUGUGAUUACGAAGAGAUGAAGAGAUAG